UCUAUCAGAUUAUUCUCCGCGAGAUCAGGAAAAUAGAUACUACGUCAUUUCUUAUUAGUUAAUCUUUGGAGAGAGAAGGAAUCAUGGGUGAGUGGACGUACGAUGUGUUCCUAAGUUUCAGAGGCAAAGAUAUUCGGCAACGUUUUAUCGGCCAUCUUUAUGAAGCUCUCCGUGGAAGAGGAAUACACACCUUUCUUGACGAUGAGGAGCUCGAGAGAGGAGAAGACAUCACACGCUCGCUUCUCACGGCGGUUCAUGAAUCAAGGAUUGCUAUCCCUGUCUUCUCUGCCAACUAUGCAACUUCGUCUUUCUGCUUGGAUGAACUUGUCAGCAUCAUGGACUGUGCUGAGGCAAAGGAUCAGAUUGUUUUGCCGCUGUUUUACGAGGUUGACCCCUUUCAUGUGCGGCGUUUGAGAGGGAGCUAUGGAGAAGCAUUGACUAAGCACGAGGAGAGGUUCAGGAGCGGCGAAGGAAGUUCCAUGGUGAAAAACAUGGAGAAAUUGGAGAAAUGGAAGAUGGCUCUUGAGCAAGCUGCAAACAUCUCCGGUUAUCAUUUCAAAAUUGGGGAUGAAUCUGAACGUAUGUUUAUUAAGAAAGUUGUUGCAGCAGUCUCCAAACGGACUCACCGUGGUUCUUUACAUAUCACCGAUCACUUGGUUGGGCUGGAGCUUCAUGUUCGAGAUGUGAUGAAACUUUUGAAAGUUGGAUUUGAUGAUGAGGUCUGCAUUGUAGGGAUCUAUGGAAUUGGUGGAAUAGGUAAAACAACUCUUGCGCGUGCCAUUUAUAAUUCGAUUGCUGGCUCAUUUGAAGAUACAUGUUUUCUUGGUAAUGUUAGAGAAAGUUCUGCUGCAUAUGGCUUGGUAUAUCUCCAAAAGAUACUACUUCAUAAGUUAACUGGAGACACUACUAUUGAGUUAGGAGAUGUCAAUGAAGGAAUUUCAGUGCUAAUGCGUAGGCUUCGUCAAAAGAAGGUUCUCUUGAUUGUUGAUGAUGCUGACAAUGUGAAGCAGUUAAGAGCCAUUGUUGGAGAUUCUAAGUGGUAUGGCUCCGGCAGCAGAAUCAUUGUUACAACUCGAAACAAAGGCUUGCUAGCAAGUCAUGGUGUUGAAAGAACAUAUGAAGUAGGGAAAUUAAAUGAGAAAGAAUCUCGUGAUUUGCUUAUAUGGAAUGCUUUUAGAACCAAUGAAGUUGAUCCAAGUUAUGUAGACAUUUUGAAUCGCAUAGUUACUUAUGCUUCUGGCCUGCCAUUGGCUUUGGAAGUAAUAGGUUCCAACUUAUUUGGUAAAAGUAAUGAGGAAUGGGAAUCGGCAUUACAGCAGUAUAAAAGAAUACCGAACAAAGAGAUUCAACAAAUACUUAAAGUAAGUUUUGAUGAUUUGGAGGAGGAUGAGAAGAAUUGUUUUCUUGACAUUGCUUGUUUUCUAAAUGGAAACAAGGUGGAAUAUGCCAAAAUUAUACUUCAAGCUCUCCAUGGUGUUUGCCCAAAGAGUAGCAUAAGAGUGUUGGUUGAUAAAUCUCUGGUAAAGAUUGAUGAUGAUAUAGUAACAUUACAUGAUUUGAUACAGGACAUGGGUAAAGAAAUUGUGCGACAAGAAUCACCGGAAGAGCCUAAAAGGCGUAGCAGGUUGUGGUUGUUCGAGGAUAUUAAGCAUGUUCUAGAGGAAAAUAAGGGAAGUAACAAAAUUAAAAUCAUAGACCUGGUAUUACCCAAUUCUCGUGAAAAAAUAAAGUGGGAUGGUGAAGCAUUUGCGAAGAUGAAUAAUCUCAAAAUCCUUUUUAUUCAUCAACAUUGUUGUUUAGAAGGUCCAAAAAAACUUCCAAACAGUUUAAGAGUUUUGAAAUGGCGAUACUAUCCGUCACGAUCUUUGCCAUCUGAUUUUUGUCCGAAGAAACUUGUCAUGCUGGAUUUAUCGUACAGUCUCUUAAAUUUGAUCCAGUUACAAAAGAAGUUCAUGAAUCUACAAUUUCUGAAAAUUGACGGCUGUGAAUUAAAGCAUGUACCUGAUGUAUCUUUUGCCCCAAAUUUAGAAGAAUUAUCAUUUCGUCAAUGUCAUAAGUUAAUUGAUGUUCAUGAAUCAGUUGGAUUAUUGGAGAAACUUAAAGUAUUGGAUGCUGACGGUUGUUCUCGUCUUAAGCGUUUUCCUAGUUUGAUGCUCCCCACUCUUGAAGAAUUCUAUCUUUCGAAUUGUUCAAGUCUUGAGACUUUUCCUGAAAUACUAGGAAAGAUGGAAAACUUAACAACGCUAGAAUUGAUCAACACCCGAAUAGCGGAGUUUCCAUCUUCAAUCCGAUAUAUUACUCGGCUUCAAGGACUGGUAGUGCGGUUUUCUGGAAUUUUUAAGUUGCCAAGUAGCAUAUUUGUGUUAACAAAACUUAAAUAUUUGAGUAUUCAGAAUUGUGAUGGAUUGCUACUAUGUGAACAUGAAGGGGAAGAGCAAAUCAGCUCAAUGGCGAUUUCAAACCAGCUACACCUUGAUUUUAGCAAGUGCAAUGUGUCGGAUGAAUUCCUUCAAAUAGGUGUCCCGUGGUUGUCCAAUGUGAAAAAGUUAGAUCUAUCAAUCAACAAGUUUGAAGUUCUUCCUGCAUCCCUCGAGGAAUGUUUCUUUUUGAAGGAACUUAUUUUGGAUGGUUGCUGGAAUCUUAAAGAAAUUAGAGGGAUGCCGCCAAACAUAGAAGAAUUAUCAUUUCGUAAAUGCAAGAGUUUAAUUGAAGUUCAUGAAUCAGUUGGAUUAUUGGGCAAACUUAGAGUAUUGGAUGCUCAUGGUUGUUGUAGUCUUAAGCAUUUUCCAGCCCUUAUGCUGCCCUCUCUUGAAGAAUUCUAUCUUUCAAAUUGUUCAAGUCUUCAGACUUUUCCUCAAAUAUUAGGGAAGAUGGAAAACUUAACAAAGCUAGAGUUGAUCAACACUCAAAUAGCAAAAUUUCCAUCUUCAAUUCAGUAUAUUACUCUGCUUCAAGAACUGGUAUUGCGGUUUUCUGGAAUUUUUGAGUUGCCAAGUAGCAUUUUGGUGUUGCCAGAACUUAAAUAUUUGAGUAUUCAGAAUUGUGAUGGGUUGCUACUAUGUGAACAUGAAGGGGAAGAGCAAACCAGCUCAAUGGCAAUUUCAAACCAGCUACACCUUGAUUUUAGCAGGUGCAAUGUGUCGGAUGAAUUCCUUCAAAUAGGUGUCCCGCGGUUUUCCAGUGUGAAAAAGUUAGACCUAUCAAUCAACAGUUUCAAGGUUCUUCCUGCCUCCAUCAAGGAAUGUUUCUUUUUGAAGGAACUUAUUUUGGAUGGUUGCUGGAAUCUUAAAGAAAUUAGAGGGAUUCCGCCAAACAUAGAAAAAAUUUCUGCAAGUCACUGCAGAUCCUUGAGAGAUUUGGACCUCACACUUGUUCCUGCAUGCACCAAAGAAUGUCAUUUUUUGGAGGAACUCAUUUUGGAUGGUUGCAAGAAUCUUAAGGAAAUUAGAGGAAUUCCACCAAAUAUACAAAUUUUGCAUGUACCAACCUGCACAUCCUUGACAUCCUCUUGCAGAAGCAUGUUACUGAAUCAGGGACUCAAACAUUCUUGCAUGGGUUCGUCAAUUUCGUUUUGGUUUCGGAACAAAUUCCCUGCCAUAUAUCUGUGUGUCAUUGCUGAACAGAGUUGUGCACCAUUUUUCCUCAAAAUGAUCAUCAAUGGUCAUGAUGUGCCUCAGUUUUCCAUGUUUUUUCUUGAAAAAGAUAUGUUAAUUAUGGCUCUAAGUCAAAAGCUGAUAAAGAUCAAUGAUGAGGUGCAUAAUCUUCUGUUACAAAAUGAAUGGAAUCAUGUGGAGUUGUUUAAUGAUCCUGUUAUGCAGAGCCUAGGGGGUGUUGAGCCUGAUCACAGCUUGCGACUUGGAUUCAGUGUAUUCAAACAAAGUGAUGCCAUGGAAGAUAUUCAAUUCACCAAUCCUCUGCUGAAGAAAGAAGAGGAUAAAGUGUCUCUUCCAUUAUAUCCGCAUCUUUCGUUGAAUGAUGAUGUGAUUCAAAUAAAUGGCACCACUAUUGUCCAAGCAUCCAAGGAUCAUCCGGCAAAGGCACAAGAUGUAGAAAUUAUUGGUGGUUCAGAAAACGGACAAGAAAUUCCUCUCAUUCAAGAUGAUGAUGACAACGAUGAUGAUGCAGAAAUGGAGGCUUUUUACGCUUCCCUUAAUGCGACCAAUGGUCUUUCACAUUCGCAUGAUAAAUUUACAAUCAAUGCUCCAAAUGAAGAGGUUAGGGAAGCAUUGAAAACAGUACAAGACUUCAUCACCAAUAAUGAUGCUUCAGUGCUGCUGCAUGAUGAACACUACAAUGUGAUUAACAAUAGUUUGCGUUACCUCUCCGGUUUGUCUUCAAAAGAUGGCAUAUCAGGAGAAGUGGAAACAUUGAUAUUGGAAGCUUCAUGGUUGUUCAAUCAUUGUAGUAGGGAAUACAUUGAAUCAUGUAUGAAAAUUAAGUCCACGGCAUCAAAGCUACAAAGAGUUGAUGAAUUAGAAGCAGCAUUGGAAUCCAACAAGCACCGAUUCAGGGAAAAUCUUGCUUUGGAAAAUGAGUUGCGCCAAAAGUUAGAUUGGAUGGAGAAAAGAAAAAAGGAGAUGGAAGAGGAAAUCAAUGCCAUCAAAGCUAAGUUAUGUGAUUGUGAAUCAGAAAAGAAGGUGGUUGUUAAAAAAAAGAGGGAGGUUUUUCAAGAAGGAAAGACACUUAAAGCUCAACUAGAAGAGUGGGGAGAAAAAGUGCCACAACUGCGGCAUCAAGAGAGUGUGGCAAAGAGUAAUCAUGCAAAAUUCACAGAGUGGGGAAACCGUUAGCUGCUAGAGAAUUGUUUAUUACAAUCCAUAAAUUUGAUCAACAUCCUGAUCUACGGAGCUGCGCGAUUAUAUUGGAUGGCCAAUUCAAAUGUCAUUGUCUUCUGAUGCAAUAUCAUUAUUUAGAGAAAUGGAGAAGAAUAAUUUGGAUCUUAAUAUUGUAAUUUAUAGUUUGGUGAUCGAUGGGAUGUGCCAUCUGGAAAACUAAAUGAUGCACGAGAACUCUUGUCUGCCAGCAAAAGGCUUGAAACCUAAUGUAUAUACUAAACAAUAAUGAUCCAAGGUCUAUGUAUGAAAGGACUUCUGAUUGGUGCUGAAGAGUUGCUGAUGAAUAUGGAAGAGGAUGGCUGCACAUAUAAUGACUUUGUCCAAAAAUUACUGCGACGAAAUGAUGUUCUGAAGUCAAUAAAAUACCUUCAGAUUAUGAAAGACAAAGGUUUUGCAGCAGAUGCUACCACUGUGAAAUUGCUUGUAGAUUACUUCUCUGUCCACAAAGGAGAGAAUGCUUUUCAAGAAUUUAUGCAGAAAAUUCUUUGAAUAUGUCAAUUUAAUCACUUAGUUCAUUAUAGAAUUGAGGAUUUGAUGUUUUAGCUGUUGUGUGACAUGUAUUCUAUAUUACUUGUUUGUUUAAUUUUGAGGCUUUAGACCGGGAAUAAGUUUGGCCACAGCAGAGCAAGAAUCUCCUUCUUGAGAAGUUUAUCCAUUGUGUUACU